AUACUCAUUGAGUCAAUCUGGAGAAGAGAGAAAGAGCGCGUCAACAAGAUUGUGUGGAACGGGGAUUUGUUGCGUUGAAAAAUCAAGCCAGGAAAAAUCGGUUUUCAAAUUACAACACAGCUCGAAGUUCACUCGGGACAGAAUAGGAAUAAGUUUCGCUUCUAGAGUGUUGAAGUGAGCAAUCGAACAUAAUUAUCUUCGGUCCAGUUCAGCUUGAUAUCGUGAAAUAAGUUUCAGCUGGAAAACCUGAUUGUCGCCACGCCGAAUCGGAAGUUUCGCGAAAAGAAAUACAAAUCUAGAAGCACCAAAUUAGGCGAAGCUGGAACACAAAACAUAGUUGCGAUACGUAGACAGGUUUGGAUGAAGCCGUGAAAGAGCAUAAGGGGGGAAUACUAGUAGUGUUAAUACUAGCACCAAUACUAUCGCCAGUGUUACUAGAAAUUCAAGCAGAACUUGUAAUUAUUCACGUUCUUUGCCUUGUUCCAUGAGUAUGAGGUGGUGAAACGCUAAGAAGAGAAACAGUCUACUUUCCUUUGCCGUUCCUGCAUUGAUGUUUUCGAUCGAAUGAAUCAUAAAUAACAUACGUUUACAUUCUUCCAACGUUCAGUGAAUUACCUUACGGAGUAUUACGUUGCACAUUGCAUUUUUUCUUGCUCGAAGAAACAUAAAAUGCCCGGAAGUGGUCCCGUUUAUCAGCCGACGACGGUUUCGUACGAAACACGUCCGGGUACCGGUGGAGGCAGCAAUGGCGGCGGAGGAGGACUACUGGCCCAAACAGCAGCCGUAUCGUCGCUGAAGAUGCUCCGGAAACCUGCUGCCCAGGUGUCGGUGCUCAUUUUUGGACUUAUUUCGCUGGCCGCAGGCAUCGCAAUGAUUGCCAGCGGUUCAGCUGACUACAGUGACACGGAACAGCAUCCAGAAGCCCACCCGGACGGUGACAGCAUUCCAGAGGAAGAACUUGAUAUUGGCCUGAUUGUGGCCGGGGUUUUCAUAACAAUUCUUGGAUUCUUUCUACUCGGUCUCUAUGUUAAAGUAGCUGAUUGGCGCCGGAACUGUGUGUGUCCAUGCGCUUUGACAAAGAAGCAAGGUCUGGCCCGGCAGCUGCAGGGUAACAGUGGCGGACAGAUUCUGGCGUUAAAUCCUAGCACGGAUCCACUGGUGUCCCAUACGCAGUACGCACCUGUUUCGGAAAUUCCGACCCGUCAAGAAGAUGAAGAACGGCGGAACCUGAUGCCAGACAAUAAAGAUUCCUGCUUGAGCAGUGCCGAGGAGUCAGACCGGAUGCUGGACCCCGACCCAAGAAUUGUACUUCGACCAAUUGGUGGAGGCAAUGUUGAAGAUGCCUAGGAGAAGGAGUAUGACGACGAUGAUGAGUGGUAAUUGGAACUGAGAGGAGGAAAGAAUAUCAUCUCGUUAUAGUUUGACUACGGGGACAUGCUUGUAGCUUUCUAGCAACGUGACUGGGCCGCAAAACUUAAAAAAAAAACAGGUAACCAAACAAAGUGAUGAGAUUAUUUUGAUGUUUGAUUUGUUUAGAAAUUUUGUCUUAUUUAUAAUUGGAGAACAAGAGAAAUAAGAUAUUCUAUGGUUAGUGACACAACGACUGGCUUUGAUGCAUUUCGUGGAGUGCGAUUUCGAAUUGAAGUUGGAACCGUCUAUUGUGACAAAAAUGAAUAAUAUUUAAAAAUAUUUUACUUCCUUAACUUAGGUUGUUAGAAACAGCAGCAUAUUUCUAUUACACCUCAAUUGCUUGGGGUUUUACCUACCCCAAAGAAAAACACAUGAUCUUUUACCUCUCUUGCAGUUUACAGUUUUUGUAAGAGAAAAGUAAGACGAUUACUAUUCCGUCCAACUCUACAGUUGCGUUAUUUUAUUAUUGAUAAAUGUUUUAUUCGAAAUUCUGAUUCUGUCUGCUAAAACAUUGUAUUCCAUCCAAAGUAUUUUUACAGCUAUAAAUGUAUUUCGGUACUGACUUGAGUAUAAAAUAACGUUAGUUUAGUUGAUUUUGCGACGCAUUUAGCUACUCAACUGACAAGAAAAACUACAGUACAAUAACGUACGAAUGUGUAACAUAUUGGCACAUACAGGUGGCAACAAUGCAACCAUAACAAAAGUACUUAAUUUUUUGCAUUUUACUAACCUUAGUUCAAAUUUAGAUCGGAGACUAAUGUCACUAGGAAAAGAAAGAGAGUGCAAUUAUACAUAUAUUUAUUCUUUGUUCCGUUCCAUCGACAAAAUAGAAAACGUUUGCUAAACACACAUACAUUCAAAAACGUACACAGACAUAGUUACGUCCAAUGUGCACUGUCCUUAACAACGUAGGUAUCGUAAGUCAACGCGAAAGCAGGAUGGAUUUUGAUCGACGCAAGUGAUAAAACACAGAAAACGAAACAUCAUUAAUGCUAGACAGCAGUUGCAACAGAGAUAGCCUAUAUAAUAGUUGUAGUCGCGACACCCUAGUGCGGAGUACAGUUUUAGAAUAUGAAUUAUAUUUUGUAAAACUAGCAGUUAGUAAAGAGAAUCACUUCGGAACGAUUCACAUACACAAAAACACAAGUAAAGCGAAACACAGAAACAUACGAAGCAAACAAAAAUGGAGCAAAAUGUGACACCGAAUUAACUGUAACGCAUACCCCAAUGAUUAUUGGCAAUGAAAUUGAUUAUAGCCUUGCGAAA